UUUUGUUCUUGGGACCUAAAUUAAGGGCCCAAGGCCUUAGAGUUAAACCCCUAAACCUACUUUUCUGCUUGUCGGGAUGGUCUCAAGCAAUCUCAUAUCUCACUCUCCCUCGCAAUCCCUACCAAUCCGUUCGAGUUUGAAGACGCCUCUACAUCUCAAUACACAGGAUCCCCAAUAACCCAUAAUUGUAGCCAUGAAGGUGAGGUCGUCAGUGAAGAAGAUGUGUGAGUUUUGUCAGAUAGUUAAAAGGAGGGGACGUGUUUAUGUAAUAUGUAAUUCAAAUCCUAAGCACAAGCAACGCCAAGGCAUGUCUACUUUUGCAUUUGAACAAGGAUCCUUGUCUGCGGAGGCCAGUGCCAAGCAGGAGAUUGCACCCAGUCCCAGCAUGAGGAUAGGUCUGCCUUCUAUCAUACCCAAAAAGCACGAACCAUCGAUGAUAUUCGGGUGGAGUUCAAGCCUUUCAUCUCUCCUUUUUAAACAAGGGAAGUAACGUAAGAACACUGGAUGAAGCUGCCAAGGUUGAUGAUCAACUGAUAAAAUGUUGCUUUCAGGCCACAUUGGCUUUUAUUUCAGGUUGUUACUGCAUUGAUUGUUUUACCAUUUGAACCUUCUAGUGAAAUUUGGUCGUGCUGUGCUGCUAAGUACCAUGAAUGAACUUUUUCUUUGAAAUUAUCACCAUAAAUCGUGUAUAUAUGGGGUACAUAAAUGGGGUGCCUCUGAUAUUGUCAAGCUGUUUGAACUUUGUAACUCAACUGACAACUGAAUCAUGAAUCAUGUGGAAGCAAUAGCAAACACAAAAUUGGAAAUCUGCUUCCUUGGAGUUGGGCUAAUGUUAA